AUCUUCGAUACCGCGAUCAUUCGACGUUUAUUGUUAUUUGAUAGUGACUAAAUUGUCACAACCAAGUAUGGUAUUAAUCCAUAUAAGGUUUUCUAUUUGUGUUUUCUAUUUGUAUUAAAUAGAUGAAAGAAAAUCUAUAUAGAGAAGAGAAUUUGACUUAAUAAAUAACGACAAAUGAUUCAAAUAAAUAACAACAUAAACAUUUGACGGUAUCGUAGAGAAUAACAAUAAUCGUCUAAGAUUGAUGCACGAACGUAUUUAUGUAUGAAUUUAUUAAUGGCCGUUAGCUAUAAUUGGUCAUUAUUACGUUUGUAAUGUGCCAUUUAUUUUGAAUAUGAUGUUUUUGUAUAAUUUAUAUACCGCAAUAACAAAUAUUAUAAUGAUUUUUUCAAAAAAAAAAAAACAAAAAAAAAAAAAAGAAAAAAAAAUAUAUAUUAUUUAUUUCUCAUUCCUGUUAGAAAUAACGUGUAACGUGUAAAAAUUUUAAGAAAUUAGUCAUGGCAAAAAAAUAGACAACUUCUAUAUAGAAAAAUGGAUAAUAUCAAGCUGUUUCAGACAAGCCAGGUAUACUUUGUCAAGUGAAAGCGCUGUCCUUUAUCAGCAAGGGAUGAACUAUUAAAAGAAAGAAAAACGACGCACAGAAAUGUACCUGCAAAUUCUGCCUGUACUAUAUAAGCAGAAGGUACGAAAAUAUUCGUCAUUUGCUGAACUACGUUAAACGGACAAGAACAGUUUGAAAAGUUCGUGUACUCCAACGAUCUACAAAAACGAAUAUUCAUUAAAGUAAAGUGUGGAUUUACGUCAAAGAAACAAUAUGUUUCGUUUUUUAAUAAUAUCUACAUUGAUUAAUUUGGGAUUGGCGGGUUUGAUCGUAAAACGUAACAGCAAUUUUCAGUCAACUCAGGAACCACAAGAGCAAUUGCAAUCAUCAACGGUCGCUCAGAAUCAAAUCGAUAAUCAAUUGCAAAAGUAUUCGUAUUUCCAAGGAAAUCAAUUAUCACCGGUGCUAUAUCAAUAUCCAAGCUAUCCUGAAUAUAUAAAAAAUGGAGAUCCUAUUCAAUCAAGAUUAGAGGAAAGAUACGAAGUUCCGAUAACAGUAUCGCCUCAAGAAAAGCAUGAGUUGUCUUCUGGAUUCGCAACAAGCUUGAUUCCUUUGGCUACAAGCAUUAUGGUAUAUGGAACUCAAUUUGGGACCUACCUAGUAUAUUUCUUACUUGCUCUCACCGUGGGUGGUGCUAUUACUAUUUUAAUAUGCACUUUCACAAACAUCUGUUCCAAUAAUAUUUUAGAUCUUUCACUGUAUAAUUCUCAGAUGAAAGAACAAGUCGCUGAUCUAGCACGAGCCUACAUUACACCUGAAAGCUUAAAUGCAGCUACUGUGUAUAUUUUGAACGCUUACAAUAAAUAUAACACUAUGCAACAAGAGAAACGCGGUAGAUCAAAGUAAUAAACAACGAAAUACCGAUAAUAAUGAUUAUUAUCAGUUAAAUUUGUUAUCGUUGUAAUUAUCAUAUUCUUAUUUAAAGUUCCCAUAUUCGAUUUUUUUAUUUAUUUAUGAAACUUCGAUUAUAAUAAUUUUUAUCAUGAAUAAACGUGAAUUUCUU